UUUAAAAGAAUUUAGUUAAAUCUGCUUAAUUUUUCAAAAGGAGGUUAUGGAGGAGGCUCCAAGGAUCCCAAGGCAGUAGGGAUGACUCACUGCGGUGCCUAAACUCAGGGGGAUGGAGCGGGAGCAUCAGUAUGUCCGUGCACUCGGCGUUUCCUGAUGCCAAGUUUUCAUUCAGGUUAUUUGGGCCUCCAUUCCACAGCACCAGACUCUUAAUUGAACCAAGUCCUAAACUGAUUUUCUAAUGUUAGCAGCAAAGCAUUUGAAUGCAUUGAAUUCCCAAAUCCCAGGACCUUGCUGAAACUCCCUGGCUAUAAUUGCCUCGGAAAAGGCGUUCGGAACAACACGAGCACAAAUGGUGUGUGGAAGCAGCCUAGUGAGUGAGUUGGGGGGAGGCUCGGCUGUGAUCCUACAGUGGAGAAACAUCUGGGAUUAGGAGCCAGGAAAGACCUGGUGAAUAUGGCCAGUGUUGCAACCCUGAAUAAAUACUUAAGGAAAAUUACAUUAAUAAAAUCAAUAGAUGGUGGUAAUUUCUCCCCCCCCCCCCCCCCGGCAUUUUGAUACAAUUAUGGAAUCUCUGCCAGCGCACUUGGAAAUAACAGGUAGAACAAGGUCUGCAGUGCGUGUGCCAGCUGUGCGAGCACACCAACUUCACCUGCCAGACGGAGGGUGCCUGCUGGGCUUCGGUCAUGCUGACCAACGGGCGGGAGGAGGUGAUCAAGUCCUGCGUCUCCCUCCCGGAGCUGAACGCGCAGGUCUUCUGCCACAGUUCCAAGAACAUCACGAAGACCGAGUGCUGCUACACCGACUUCUGCAACAACAUCACCCUCCGCCUGCCCGUCGCCUCGGAGUCUCCCGGCAGAGCCGGCGCGGGACCCGUGGUGCUGGCGGUGACGGUGGCGGUGCCGGUCUGCGUCCUGUCCCUCGUGGCGGUGCUGGCGGCGUGCUCCUGCCAGGGCCGGCGCUGCGCCCGCGGCAGGGCGAAGCAGCCCAACGUGGAGGAGCCCCUCUCCGAGUGCAACCUGGUGAACUCCGGGAAGACGCUGAAGGAUCUCAUCUACGACAUGACGACCUCCGGCUCCGGCUCUGGUUUACCUCUGCUCGUACAAAGAACAAUAGCGAGGACUAUUGUCCUGCAGGAAAUUGUAGGAAAAGGCCGAUUUGGCGAAGUCUGGCGUGGAAGAUGGUGCGGGGAAGAUGUGGCUGUGAAAAUCUUCUCCUCCAGAGACGAGCGGUCCUGGUUUCGGGAGGCAGAAAUUUAUCAGACGGUUAUGCUGAGACACGAAAACAUCCUGGGCUUUAUUGCUGCCGAUAACAAGGAUAAUGGGACGUGGACUCAGCUCUGGCUUGUCUCCGAGUACCACGAGCAAGGGUCCCUGUUCGACUACCUGAACAGAGGCACGGUGACGGUGGAGGGCAUGGUCAAGCUGGCGCUGUCGGUGGCCAGCGGUCUGGCACACCUCCACAUGGAAAUCGUCGGCACGCAAGGCAAGCCAGCGAUCGCGCACCGAGAUCUGAAAUCUAAAAACAUCCUGGUGAAGAGGAACGAAAGCUGCGCCAUCGCGGACCUGGGCCUGGCGGUGAAGCACGACUCGGUGCUCAACACCAUCGACAUUCCCCAGAACCCCAGGGUGGGCACCAGGAGGUAUAUGGCUCCCGAGAUACUCGAUGACGUAAUGAACACGAACAUCUUCGAGUCCUUCAAGCGUGCAGACAUAUACUCUCUUGGGCUAGUAUACUGGGAGAUAGCCCGAAGGUGCUCCGUUGGAGGAAUCACUGAGGAAUACCAGUUGCCUUACUACGACGUUGUGCCUUCUGAUCCUUCGAUAGAAGAUAUGAGAAGGGUAGUUUGUGAGCAGAAGCUCAGACCAAAUAUUCCAAACCAGUGGCAAAGCUGUGAGGCGCUGCGAGUAAUGGGCAGGAUAAUGCGCGAAUGUUGGUACGCCAACGGUGCCGCGCGGCUGACCGCCCUGCGUAUCAAGAAGACGAUUUCGCAGCUCUGCGUGCAGGAAGACUCCAAAGCCUGACAGAGCUCCCUGGAGGAGGAGAGGGGAAUGAAUUCUUCUGUUCAUCUUCUAACAUGUGAUAUUAUUUUUAUUUUUGGUCUACCUCAGAUAACGUGGUUCAGUAUUUUAGUGCCCAAACCGGAGCACUGACAUCUAGCUUCAUAUUUGGCCACUGCAAGGGGCAGCUUUUGACUCAUAGUUCCUGUUUUAUACAGCAAGUCAAUGAUUUGCUUUGGUUUUCUGAAGUAAGUUAGACACUAGCCUAAUCGCAGAAAGGAGCUUAAAACACCACGGCAGUAUGAAAAUACCUUUGGCUGUUGUGCUUUUUAUUCUAGUCAAACCCCAAACGUAUUGGAAAUAGCUGGUAUUGGUUAAAGCCUGUUUGCAAGAGAAAGCACGUGUUUUAUCCUCAAACCAAGUAAAAGAACAAAUUUAAUCCAGCUUUUUACGUAUUUUUACGCAGGAAUCUGAAAAGAGGCUGUCAGUAAAAUGCAUUUUUAAAUAUGAUAUUUAUCAUUACCUAAGCAAAUAAAAAAGCUCAAAAUUCCACUAAGCAUGUAUAUUGUGAACAAAAGCAUCUAGUCAGUUCUUUAUUAACUUUUAUUUUUAUUGUCUUGAUUUUAUACAUAAUAUUAGGAUUUGGAGUUAUUUUACUCUGUUCAUUUGUUGAUUGAACAUAUCGGUCAAGGGACGAUUUUUCUUUUUAACAGGUAGUAGGAAAAAUAAUAAAGGCAAUACUUUUACAAAAGAUAGGUAGGGAUGGAAUGGGAGAAAUUCUACCUAAACUGCAAAAGUAUAUAUUUUUAAACAACAUCUUGCCAGUCUGCCACUGGUAACAUUUUUGAGUGCCUUUUGAUGUUUUAGGGGGAAGCUUUAACAAAAUUAAUUCUCGGAAAACAGUUGAAACCUGGCAGAAAGGUUCGUUUCUCGUUGCAGCGACGUACUGCACGGCCCGCCUCGCUGUGCCGGGGGAUCUGGGGAUGCCCACGCGCUCGGGAGCCGCCACGCAGCCCUCGGGAGCGGCGGGGCUCCUGCCGAGGCUGGGUGCUGGCGCAGUGCCGGUGGCUUCGGGAGGUGAACGUGCUUUCUACUGCCCUAGCUUUUGGCACUUAAAAUUCGUGCUUCAAAGGUACCUGCGCUCUGGACUGGAUCACUGUUUGCCAUUGUCUGUCACAGCCUCGGGACCUGUUAAAAUGUACGUUUAAAGCGCUGAUCUCCUUGCAGGAAGCCAAUACAGCCUGUUCAGAGGUUUCAUACGGAUUUCUGUAAUAGCACCAGCCUGGUGAAAAGUACUAAUAUUUCUAAUCGUAUUUCCAUAAUACUGCAAGCUGUCAACAGUGGGGUGUUUUUUCAAAAUUCACUGACGUUCUGGCGUUUUGUGAAUUCUGCCCCGCUCCGUUUUCCAGACAUUUGAAUAUAGUAUUCUAAUAUUUUCAAUAGCCAAAAUUCUACGUUUCAUAAUCAUGGUUCUUCAAAUGUUUCUAAAUCCAGGUGGUCCUUGGAAAUUAAGCCCAGAGAUGUUUCCAGAAUAGCAAAGCUUUGCAAAAAUUCGCUGUAGUGUAAGCUGUUAGCUAAUGACGGUAUUUAAGAUUAAUCUUUGACAUGGAACCUCUUGAAUUGGGGCUCUUACAUGGAAGAAUGGGUUAAACUUUUACUGAGUGGGACGGUCAGUAGUAUCAGUACUCCAUGUUUCAUCCUGACACACACACUCUAGGACAUUAUGGACUCUUUAUGGAUGUUAAUUGCCCCAUAAAUAGGCUCUAGUGCAAUUUACCUGUUUGCAUAAGUUUUAGUCGCUCCUGCUUUUGCUAAGCCAUGCAAGUCUGUUGCUGGUCUGUUAGCUGAAUGGUGGAGAAUAUUUCUACUAGAUUGCUAGUAGAUUUGUUUCCAGUAUGCUUUCUGAGGUAUAAUCAAAGUCAUCUUACAGAUUUAAUUCUUAUGUGCUUCAACUGCAUAAGCUACACCAGGGAGCUUAACAGAUGCGUACUUUCUAAGCUGUUUGAGGGGUAAUUGUUGCAACUGCAUGAUCCAGAGUGUGAUGCUGACUUGAGUACCAAAGGAUUUGCAAACAUAAGAUCCAGCAUUUGUUCUUGUAGAAUGUAACUUGAAAAACAUCCUUAUGUUAAAAAGGAACAAUCAAAGAUUUUUUUUUUUUUUUUUUUUUUUAAGUGGGAAAAGGAAACGUCUUAUCCAUUGAAAUCAACUCUUCUUGAAUGUGCAGAAUAAGGUGUCUGAAAUCAACGAUAGUGGAGUAAAAGUAAUUUUAAAUAGUAUUAGGACUGUUUCUUCAAAAGUAUUUAAACUGUGCAGGUGAAAUGGACUUUUCAGAAUUGUUUUAGCACUCAGGAAGGUGCCCAAAAGGAGACGGUCCAUCUUUCCAGAGCUCCUGGUGCUUGCAGACCCAGUUAGCUCUUCUUCUGAGAGAAAAGAAUCAAAUGUUUGUGAACAACCACAGUACUGUGUUAAAAUAUGCAUUAAAACCAGUCAUUUAGAACAAUUAACAAGGAGAACGUGUCAAAGAGUGAAGCGUAGUGAAGUGGCAGAGUCGUCUUGCAGGGUGACCUGCCGGUAUGGCGUACCCGUGAACAACUAGCCUGAGGAACUCUGAAAAUGGCUCCAGCGUGUUCCUGAACGUCUGCGCCUCGCAGCGUCACGCAGCUGCGCAGUCACAGCGCUGCCUACCCACGCUGGAGUCGUGAGUCACGAAACACAAAUAGCUGUUUAAAAUAAUGCUGAAACAACUGAAGGAAACAAUUCUAAAGCAAAAAGUACUGUAGUUUCCAAAGGAGAAUGCAACAGAAUCAAGUUCAUCCCAAGUACACCCGCCCCUACGCUGACAGCGGGUACGGUCUCUGUUGUUAGCGGUACGGUUUGUGGUUGAGCAGGUUCAUGAUUGUGCAGGGGGGAGCGGAGGAAAGAGCGGUGUGUGCUGAGCAGUGUAAAGGAACCGUCUCGAUAGCAAAGCCGGUGAUGGUUACAGCAGCCUUGAUGCUUUAAGACUCAUUAGUGGAAACUUCAUCAGUUGCCAUACAAAACGCAGGAUGACCAAGGGACACUAUUAGCUUCUCUUAUACCACUUUUAAAACAUAUUAAUUACUUUGCCUAAAAUGGAGACAUUCCUUGAACUUCACAGUGAGAGUGAUCAGAAUGCUCUCUAGGGGGUUUUCUUCCAUUUUAAAUUCAGUCCUAUGCACUUUUUAUCUAUAUUAUCCUUUGAAAGUAUCUGUGCCCUUGAAGUGUAUCUGGUAACUGUUCCUGGGGAUUCUUUCCCUGUGAAUUGGAUUGCACGGUGGAGGAAUUUGGUGUCUGUGCAGAAGCUCCUCUGGGUCAGGAACCAUGCUAGACUAAAGUCGCACUGUGAAAUUAAAAAAAAUGUGCUUUUUGGCAUAAGGCGCUUUGGUGACCCACUCUCAGGGUAGAGCUAGGAGAGGGUUUACUGGGUACCACAGUAGUGAGCUGGCGAUCAGGGACAGUACUUGCUGCAGCCCUCCUCCGCUCUGGGGACCGAGCUGUGGUCUGUGCAUGUUGUGUCUGCUGAAAUAAAUGUGGUCCCUGCCUUCGCGAGGCUCGUGCGGCUGUUACAGUGGCCUUAUGCCGCAGCACACCCGGUUGUUAUUUACACCGUGGUGUAAUGAAAUCGGGCAGGAUGUGCAAGGGGGAGCUCACUGGCACGAGCCUGUGUUCCUCUGCGGCUCCUCCACAGUCUGCCCUGGGAUACAGCCUGCUCCCCUUGCUUUUUUUAAUUUAACCUUGCUUCAGACACCAGUGUAACCACCAUGGGUAACUUCUUUUUAGUUGUAAAUGCCACUUGCUUUGUCCUAUCCGUUCGGUCACUUUUCCGUGGUGGCAGAUUUUUAGCCUAUGUUUUCUCAGUUUCCCUCUUGACUCUCUGCAAAUUGUUGAACAACCCUGGAAUCUGAAAAAGACCCUUUUGGUGCUGAGCUGGGGAGGUGUGCGAAGGGGAGGAUGCUCUGUGCAGCCGGAUGCUGGUCUGGCUCGGCUGCACCUCUCCCAGGUCACGGCUCUAGCCCUGGGAAUACUUUAAAUCUUUUCCUGCGCAUAUCUGAUGGCAUGAGAUGUUAUGGUCUGUUUGCCCUAGCUUUUCACUUACCUCAACAUUUUUGCACUGGUUUUCUUUUUUCUUUUGUUGUUGAGGUAAAUGUACGUUUUGGCAAACUAGAGUUAAACAGAACUCAGCCAAGGGGCUGAUGUUGUUAUACUGGGCUUUAAGAUGUUUGUAAACGGUAUGCUCCUUUUUAAAAAAAAAAAAACAAAAACAAACCCCCUUGUUUUAGUGGCCUUUCUCCUCAAUGUAGAUUUGUCCUGUUCAAAUUUAAGAACAGAGUUAUGCUGAGACACUUCUUUGUGGUUUUAGAGAGGCUUAGGUUUCUUGAGAGGUUACUAACGUUCCUGCUAAUCUUCACUUAAAGCACAAGUUCUUAAGCUCAUAAAAAUUUUCAAGCUCAAGGAUGCUCAAGACCAGUCACCACAUUUAGCCUCUCCUAAUUGAUGCUUCUAGUUUGGGGGAGUUACUAAUUUUUUAAAUUUGCUUCUAAUAACAACCUAAAACUUCGCAUGGAAUACAAACUGAAAGGGAAGGUUAAUUAACAUUUUCUCUAGCACCUAAUUUUUUUUUUUGCUUCCUUAACUGCUGCCUCCAAAUACCCCUUGAGAAAUUGAAACUGUAAUCUCUUUUGCACUUGCUACUUUUAUAGUCAUUUGCACUUAACCAAAUCAUUCCCUCUUGUGACCCUAUAAAGAAUCCUAUAAUAUUUUAGUCAUUGUUAUGUCACUUCUUUUUUUGGUAAUAGAUUCAGGAAUUAUAAAUAAAUUUGUUUAGAAAUAUGUCUAGUCCCUACAACGGGUCUUGACACUGAACGAAGCAAGAUCUUCUUGCAGUCCCUGUCUGCUGGGAUCUCCUGUGACCGUUGAUGGGCUCAGGAAUGUCCCCAGCACAUCACUGCUAAUGGGAAGGAAGUUUCUGUGUUUAAUUUGUGGCUGUUGAACGGUAUCUUACGAACUGCCUCACCACUACAUGGGCAAGUUUAGCACCAGGACUUCGGUCUGCGGCAGGUAGCGCUUCCGCAGGGCUCCCACCCGCGUGGUGGGUUUCAUUGUGAGGACGGGUGGGAAGACGCUCUGUUGCAUUCUUUGUGGUCUGCAGAUACUGAUGCAGAAGCGCAUUUGUGUGUAGUGGUGUGUGCUGAUCAAGGUUAGGGCUCAAAAAUUCCUACUGUGGUUUUGUGUCGGUUUUCUAAAGCUCUCCUUGGCCUGCAUGCAGAGCCCCGUGCCAGCGGCAGCACCUGGAGCUAAACUUCUCCUGUGAAUCGGACCGCUCUUACCUUGGCAGUGCAAGCUCCGUGUCUGUGAUUCUGAACGGUGUGGGGGGGGGUCAUCCCUAUGUGCUGCGGCACCCCAAUCCGUUUGAAGCUUUUAGGGAAAGACAUCCAUGUUCUGUUUUAACAGGCAGCACAAUUUAUGAAUGUAUGGGAAAUAAGUGUUAAGAGGUACAAUAUAUUUCUACAGAAUACAAGAAAUGUGCAAUAAGUUAUAAGUUAUACUGAAUGUAUUUUUGGCAUAAAUAGACUGAAUGUAUUUUGAAUGUAGCUAUUACAUUUGUGUCUAAAUCUGCUGUGGUUUUCAGUCCCCAAAGAGAAAUGUGUAGUGUUCUGUCAAUCUACAAGCUAGUUUCCGAGUUGUCUGUUUUUUAAAGAAGCAUUAAUAUUUUAUCUGGAAGUACUGUAAUAUUUUAGAACUUAGUAUAGCAGUACAAUGCUAAAAUUCAACCUUCAUAUUGUGAAAUACCUAAUCUAGUGUACACUGCAGCAAGUUAUUUUAAAAACUAUUGCUAAAGUUAUUGCUUGAUAUUGCAGCUGCCCUGGGUGUAAAUAAUUUGUUUAAAUGUUGUAUUUUGUAUGCAUAUUUUACAUACUGGUAUACUUUCAGAAAGACGUGGCGAUUUUAAUAAAUUAAGCACACUCUGC